CUCGGUAUAACAAAAAAAAAAAAAAAUUUAUUACCAUUAUUUAUUACAUUAAGUUUUGCUUUAAUUCAAAUAAUUUGUGUUUUCAUCAAAAUGCGAAGUAGCGGAUUAGUAUUAUUCGUAUGCUCUGGUCUUCUGUUGAGCGGAGGAGCGAUCCUCGGCGGCUCCACGCUGUGGAGCUUGUUGCGUAUAUCGUAUUACUUCUGGACGACAGACCUCGGCGUCGAGUUGGGUUCUAGCGCGCUGUUUAUAUCGGGAGCCCUGCUCUGCCUGCCGGCGUGCUGGCUGGCCACCCUCGUGCCCUACCAUCCUAGAUCGCAUUCACUCUUAGCAACGCUAAUGAUACUUGUAACAUCCGGCAUGAUGCUGUUGUCUGUCGGCAUGUCGUCCAUCAUGGGGUUGUCGCGGGCGGUGCGCGAGGCGGCCACUCUCAACACCAGCAUGACACGAGCCAUGUCCUCCGCGGCUUUUGACCCGGCUGUUAAGAGUGCUUUUGCUUCGAUGCAGUUAGAGUUAAAAUGCUGCGGUGUGAAAUCACACACUGAUUGGCACCAAUAUGGUCGACCAUUGCCACCAUCGUGUUGCGGCCGGGUUUGGAAUGGAAAGAAUGGCAACACAUGCGAGACACCUCUUCAUAGCAUUGGAUGCCUCCGACCUGCCCGCGCCGAGCUGCGGAUGUAUGCCAACUCUAUUGCUGUACUUGCUUGUGCCCUCAUUAUCGUCAAGGCAAUAACGUUGUUCGCAACCGCUUAUACCCUGGUGACGGGCGUGGUGGAGGGCGGCGCGGCGUACAAGCCGCCGCAGCCGCUGCGCAUCGCGUGCCUCGCCGCGCCGCUCGCGCACACCGCGCCCUGCUCCUACUCACAGCCGCGCGCCAACGCGCCCGCCGCCGUCUAAACAUGCCGCCCACGGAGGAUACUCUGGGAGUUUUUUUUUUACUUAUUUUUUUUUUGUAUUAUUGGUGUUAACUUUGUGUUAAUUUUUGUUCUUUUCUUGGCGUUGCGUGACCUGGCUGGUGUGUAACGGGGCUGCACGUUAGUAACUAAACUUAAAAAUACUAAAAAAUAAGUAUGAGUUGUUUGUGGGAGUAACUUUAUUGGUGGAAACGUUUAAUAAUAUUGGCUAUAUCGGAAAUAAAUAAGUAUUUAUUGUCAUA